AUGGCUGUCGAUAAGCCCAAGAAGGUCGGCCUCGACGACUUCCAUCUCCUCAGCGUCAUCGGCAAGGGCAGCUACGGCAAGGUCAUGCUUGCCCGCUACAAGGACACCGGCAAGGUCAUGGCCAUCAAGGUCAUCUCCAAGUCAAAGCUGCGUGGCCGUCCUAACGAGAUCCGUCGUGUAAUGUCAGAGCGCCGUGUCCUGGAGCGCACUGUGCAGCACCCGUUCCUGGUCGGUCUGCAGUGUGCGUUCCAGACAAAGGAGAAACUGUACUUUUGCCUCGACUACGUCAACGGCGGCGAGCUGUUCUUCCACCUGCAGCGCGAGCGGCGCUUCGCAGAGAACCGUGCCCGGUUCUAUGCUGCCGAGAUCACCUCGGCGCUGGCGUACCUCCACGGCAUGGACGUCGUGUACCGCGACCUGAAGCCCGAGAACUGCCUGCUGGAUGCGCGCGGGCAUGUGCGUAUCGUCGACUUUGGGCUGGCCAAGGAGGUCGGUCCGAUCGUCUGGCGCACGGAGGGGUCUGCGCUGUACUCGGUGGAGGAAGGUGGCAAGACAGCCACGUUCUGCGGCACGCCAGAGUACCUGGCACCCGAGGUUCUGCUGAGACAGAGCUACGGCAAGGAGGUCGACUGGUACUGCCUCGGCGCUGUUCUCUACGAAAUGCUGACUGGUUUGCCGCCAUACUACGACCAGGACAAUAACGUCAUGUACAGGCGGAUCCUGCAGGAGCCGCUGCGCGUGCCCGGCGAAAGCAUCGGGCGGCUCGCACAGGAUUUUAUUUACAGGAUCCUCGAGCGCGAUCCGAAGAAGCGCCUGGGAGCCGGCGUGUUUGGCACUGAGAACGUCAAGCGCCAUGCAUUCUUCUAUGGCAUCGACUGGGGCAAGAUCUACCGCCAAGAGUACGCGCCGCCGUUCAUGCCGAACGUCAGCUCGAUCUUUGACCUGAGCAACAUUGACCCCGAGUUCCGCAACGAGCCGAUCCCAGAGUCGAUUCUGGCCGAGGGCCAGGUGGAUAUCCUGGCAGAGGCGGCCGAGGCUGAGCGCAAGGCUGAGCUUGAGAUGCAGUCGAAGCUUGCUGCGUUCCCGCAGCAGACAAAGCAGACCGCUAAUGGCAUGUUUGACACGUCAAGUCAGGGGCAGGAUGACAAGGUCGAGUACACCAAGGGUAUGGCAAAGUCGGCUGAUUCCACCAGCGAUGUUGCAUUCUCAGGCUUCUCCUUUGUCUCUCCGUUAGUCGAUGCCGCCGACAAUGAGUAG